AUGUCGAGUCGGGUUCCUUCGCCAGCAGUUCGAGCUGCUUCGCAGUUGAAACGACGAAGCAUUUCAAAGCUUCAAGGUGCUCCACCUACGAAAACAGCCGCCAGAGCAACUGCUCCCACAACAUCCACAACACGGAGAGCAGCAUUGACAGAAAGAUCGUUGAAUUGCCCACUGCCAGAUCGAUCAAAUGGAAGAGUAACAACCUUGGGAGGAGUCACGUCGUCGAAAGCUACAAGAACGUCAGCUACGCCAAUUUUGCCACCAAGAUCUUCGCUGGCUUCAACGAGACCUGCUACUGGUUCUCGGAUCAAUAGCAGAGCACCAACUCCAACAAAAGAAGCCGCUGAGAAUGAGAGACUUCGGGAUCAAGUAAAAUUGAUGCAAAGCACACAAGAGACUCAAACGGUGAUGAUGGAAAUGUUGAAAGAGAAGGCGGAUAUGCUCCAAAAUCAAUUAACAAUGAUGUCUUCACAACUGGAGAUGGAAAAAAUGAAAAAUCAGACUAUGGCGAUGAAACUCGAGACAGCUGCUAAUGAAAUCGGGGAGAAAUCGACAAGUUUGAAUGAUGCCCGCGAGCAAUUGGAGGAAAAAGAUGCUACACUUCGAAGAUUGCACAAUGAUGUCGUCGAUUUGCGUGGACAAAUCCGUGUAUCGAUUCGAGUGCGACCAAAAUUGUCAUUCGAAGAUGGAUCAUCGACUGCCAUUCAAUAUCCAAAUCGAAAUGCCAUUGCUUUUGAUCAAAAACAAUCUUUUGAAUUUGAAAAUGUUUUCACCGAAGUGUUUUCGCAGAAGGAUGUUUUUGCAAGUGUGAAAGAAUUGAUUUUGGUAAGUUAUUUUCUAGUAUUUUUAGUAGCAAAUAGAAAAAUCUUUUUUUUUCAGUCAUGUCUUCACGGAUACAACGUCAGUUUAAUUGCAUUUGGACAAACUGGGAGUGGCAAAACAUACACGAUGCGCGGAGGAUCUGAAGACAAAGAGGAACAUGGUGUUAUACCGCGAAGUGUAUCGUUCCUGUUUGAAGAAUCGAAGAAAUUGGAAAGCCUUGGAUGGCGAUUUGAAUUUUUGAUGUCAUUCAUCGAAAUCUACAACAACGAACCAUUCGAUUUGCUCAACAAACAUCAGAAAUUGAAGAUUCGAUUGGCUUCGAAUAGUGUAGAACUCGAUGGAUUGACAGAACACACGGUUGUCAAGAAAUCGGAUGUUAAUCGAUUGUUGGAAAUGGCAGAUUCAAAUCGGAAAACGGCUGCAACAAAAUGCAAUGCACAUUCAUCGAGAUCACAUGCAAUCUUCCAAUGGACUGUCAAAGCGGAACAAGAGAAGACUGGAAUUUCAACAACUUCAGUUUUGAAAUUGGUCGAUUUGGCUGGAUCGGAGCGCGCAAAGGAAUCGGGUGUUGUUGGCGAUCGUUUCCAAGAGAUGACACAUAUCAAUCAAUCGUUGUCGUGUCUGCAAAAAUGUAUUUCGUUGCAGAGAAGCAAGGUAAUUUUUUUGGGAAGGUUUUAUUCUUUGAAUUUUCGGGAUUGAACACAUGAUUCAAAACAUUUUUUAACGAGAAAUUCGUUAAUAAUCCAAAAUUUUCCAGGCCGCACAUGUUCCGUAUCGCGACACCAAAUUGACCCAAUGUCUCAAGGAUUGCUUAGGCGGCGGAAGUUCAAAAACGAUGGUCAUCGUGAACAUCAAUCCAUGCGACGAAAAUGUAAACGAGUCGAAGCGAAGCUGUGAAUUCGCCGCCAAAAUGCGCGAAACAAAAAUUGGCGCCGCUGUUCAACAACGCGAUCUAAACAGCACAAAAACGUCUUGUAAAUAA